AUGGGGGAAGCGAGAAUAAAGCAUCUCCAUGAUACAGUGAAGAGAAAUCUUGAUAGUGCCACCUCCCCUCAGAAUGGUGAUCAACAGAAUGGCUAUGGAGAUCUCUUUCCUGGGCAGAAGAAGACCCGCCGGGAGGCCCCUCUGGGAGUAGCUGUCUCUUCUAACGGCCUGCCUCCAGCCUCCCCCCUUGGUCAGCCUGACAAGCCUGGUGGAGAGGCCCUGCAGGCCAGUGGGAAGCACUCAUUGGGGCUGGACUCCAUCAGCAAGAAGUGUCUAGCAGACUCAAGCCUCCACCUGAACGGAGGCAGCAACCCUGGGGAGUCAUUUCCUCUGAGCUUGAAUAAAGAACUGAAACAAGAGCCUGUUGAUGACCUGCCUUGCAUGAUCGCAGGGGCCGGAGGCUCCAUAUCUCAAAGCAACCUCAUGCCUGACCUCAACCUUAACGAGCAGGAGUGGAAGGAGCUCAUCGAGGAGCUGAAUAGGUCAGUGCCUGAUGAAGACAUGAAGGAUCUGUUUAAUGAGGACUUUGAAGAAAAGAAGGACCCAGAGUCUUCUGGUUCUGCCACACAGACCCCCUUGGCACAGGACAUUAAUAUUAAGACAGAAUUCUCUCCAGCAGCCUUUGAGCAAGAACAGUUAGGUUCUCCACAAGUGAGGGCUGGGUCUGCAGGACAGACCUUUAUGGGGGCUUCAUCUGGCCCUGUGAACACAGAUUCACCCAGCCUGGGGGCCUCUCAGCCUCUGUUCCACACCUCUGGUCAGCCCGGGGCAGACAAUCCCAGUCCCAACCUGAUGCCGGCAUCAGCCCAGGCCCAGAAUGCACAAAGAGCCCUCUCCAGUGUGGUGUUGCCUAGCCAGGGCCCAGGAGGGGCCUCAGAGCUGUCCUCUGCCCACCAGCUCCAGCAGAUCGCUGCCAAGCAGAAGCGCGAGCAGAUGCUGCAGAACCCACAGCAGGCUGCCCCGGCAGCAGCCCCAGGCCAGAUGUCCACGUGGCAGCAGACAGGCCCCUCCCACAGUCCCCUAAAUGUCCCUUAUCCUAUGGAGAAGCCUGCCAGCCCUCCUGGCUAUAAGCAAGACUUUACCAACUCCAAACUGCUCAUGAUGCCCAGUGUGAACAAGAGCUCCCCAAGGCCCGGAGGCCCCUACCUCCAGCCCAGCCACGUCAACCUGCUGACUCACCAGCCACCAAGUAACUUGAAUCAGAAUGCUGUGACUAACCAAGGGUCAGUGCUGGACUACGGCAAUACCAAACCCCUUUCUCAUUACAAAGCAGACUGUGGGCAAGGUGGCCCUGGGUCUGGCCAGAGCAAGACGGCCCUGAUGGCUUUUCUUCCCCAGCAGCUGCCUCAUCUGAGCAGUGAGCAGAACUCCUUGUUUCUGAUGAAACCAAAGCCGGGAAAUAUACCCUUCCGAUCACUGGUUCCACAUAGCCAGGAGAAGCAGCAGUUCCAGCGCCAUCUGACCCGCCCGCCACCCCAGUACCAAGACCCAACACAGAGUACCUUCCCACAACAGGUUGGACAGUUCACAGGGUCCUCUGCUGCCAUGCCUGGCAUGAACAACUUGGGUCCAUCUAAUUCCAACUGUCCUCGAGUGUUCCCUUCAGCCAGGAAUCUGAUGCCGGUGGGCCCUGGACACACUUCGGUUUCCUCUCUCCCCUCAAACUCAGGCCAGCAGGACCGAGGUGUGGCUCAGUUCACUGGCUCCCAAAGCAUGCCGCAGAGCAGCCUCUAUGGCAUGGCCUCUGGCAUAACCCAGAUAGUUGCCCAGCCUCCGCCACAGGCCACCAACGGACAUGCCCACGUUCCACGGCAGGCCAGUGUGGGCCAGAACACCUCAGUUUCAGCUGCCUAUGGGCAGAACUCUCUGGGGAGCUCUGGCCUCUCCCAACAGCACAGUAAGGGGACCCUGAACUCUGUUUUAACUAAGCCACAGGUCCCAAGGGUGUCAGCGGCCAUGGGAGGCCAGAAUCCCUCAUGGCAACAUCAGGGAAUGCCAAACCUGAGUGGCCAGACCCCAGGGAGCAACACCGUAAGCCCCUUCACUGCAGCCUCCAGUUUCCACAUGCAGCAGGCCCACCUGAAGAUGUCCAGCCCGCAGUUCUCCCAGGCGAUGCCUAGCCAGCCCAUGGCCCCCAUGAGCUCGGCAGCUGCAGCAGGGUCCGUGCUGCCCGCCGUGAGCACGCAGCAGAGGACCGGUGCCCCUGCCCCAGCACCUCCCCAGGGAGCCCCGCAGCAGGGCUUGCCAGGCCUGAGCCCGGCUGGGCCUGAGCUGGGGGCCUUCAGUCAGAGCCCCGCCCCACCAAUGGGCGGCCGGGCGGGGCUGCACUGUGCCCAAGCCUACCCCGUGCGGACCUCGGGCCAGGAGCUGCCCUUUGCCUACAGCGGGCAGCCGGGUGGCAGUGGGCUGGCCAACAUGGCUGGAGAUGCCGACCUGAUCGACUCCCUGCUGAAGAACAGGACUUCGGAGGAGUGGAUGAAUGAUUUGGACGACCUCUUAGGGCCUCAGUAAACAGCAGGAUUUAUGGUGUUUUCAGUGUUCAUACAUCCUGUAUUUUUGUUCUCAGAUUCAAUAAAAAGCAACUACUUUGGACCAAAAGCACAGGGCCCCGGGGAGCAGGGUGGGUAGAGCCAGAGCCCUCAGGCUGAGGCCCGGCCCUGGCCAGGACCUCCGGGCCCAUGUCUCUGAGCCAGCAGUUGUGGUCCGUCGGGCUGGCCCCCGCCCCUCUGCUGGCGUCAUUACCUGGUGUUGGGACAGCAGGACAGGGUUCUACAGGUGGUUUUCUAUCCAAAUACCAAAACCCAACAGUAACAACAGUGAAACCCCCUGAUGUCAGGUUUAUAAAAAUCUCCUAUCGUGCUGACUUGAUCCAAGAUUUCUCCACUUGCCCCAAUGUUGGGGACGGUUUCUAUUGAAACUUUAUAUAGCAGAACUAUUUACAAUUUGUAGCAUAGAAAAGAUUAAAUUUUGUUUAAAAAAGGUUUUAAAACAGAUUGGGAUAGGUGGUGGUUUAAAUUGAUUAAGUGGCAUAGGGAACCUAGGGUUUCCUUUUGAUUAAGAGCCUUUUUUAUUCCUGCUCUUUUUCAGCUUUCAGGGGAAAGGGAGGGUCAGUGGAAAAUCAUUUCCGUAAGGACUGUAUGUGCCAAAAAGGAACAGGAUGCCGUGAGAUAGCAGAGCGAGUGACACAGAUGUGGUCUUUCCAGCAACUCCUCCUCCUCCCAGAGUGUUCUUCUUCCAGGCUGGCAUUUACGAGGACCAGC